AUGUACAUGAUGCAAUCUUUCACAGCGAAAUAUGACUUCGUUGCUUGGAUGAAUCACGUUGAUACUCCUCGUACUUUUUUCAUUAAUGCCACACACUGGCCGGAUAGCCGUCAAAAAGGGGGUUGUAUCAAUGAACUGCAAAUGAAAAACAACAAUAAACACUAG